AUGCUGAUGAUGAUGCUGGUGGUUUACCUGGCACCGUUUUACGCCGCGCACAUGGGGCUGGAACUGGCGGCCGUGGGGGGAAUUUUCUUCCUUGCCCGCAUGUGGGACGCGGUCAUUGACCCAAUGGUCGGGUAUCUGUCGGAUCGCACUAACUCGCGUUUUGGACGAAGGAAACCCUGGAUUGCUAUCGGCACGCCGCUGCUGCUGGUGAGCGCCUAUGCGUUUUUCCAGCCGCCCGAUGGCAGUGGCCUGGCCUAUCUGGUGGUAGCAGCACUGGCGUUUUAUGCCGCCAUAACUGUGGUGCAGAUUCCCUAUCUUUCCUGGGGCGCAGAGCUGUCCCGAGAUUAUCAGCAGCGCACGAGAAUAAAUGGUUAUCGUGAGACCGGCACCAUGUUGGGCAUUAUCAUGGUCGCGCUGAUCCCUCUGGUUUUCCUGCGUGGAACCGAGCCUACAGUAGCCGACAUCGUUGAGGUGUUCACGCUGGUGGUGAUAGUGCUGUUACCGAUUACCGUACUUCCGGCACUGCUGUUGGCACCCCAACCACCCGUCAUUAAGGCACCGCGCCUGAGUAUGGCCAAGGCCCUUUACGCGCUGCGCGUCAAUCGCCCGUUUCUCCGUUUGAUGGUAGCCAGCCUGCUGAUCUGGAUCGGUGGCCAUAUCUAUAACUCCACCUCACUGUUUCUGAUGAAAGACGCGCUGGGUUUUUCCCCAGCCAACUUUUUGUGGUUUAUGGCUGUACAGUUUGUUGUGGGCGUGGUGUGUUUGCCCGCCGUGGUACACAUUGCCGGGCGCAUCGGUAAACAUCGCGCACUGAUUUUGGUUGGACUGGCGUUCUUCCUGAUACUGCCCCUUAACCUGCUAGUCGAACCCGGUAACGUUAACCAGGUGUUGUUAGUCUACGCACUGAAAGGCGCCGUAACGUCCGCCAUCUGGGUUAUCCCUCCCGCCAUGGUGGCCGACACCAUUGAACACGGUCUGCUGAAGGGCGCAGGCGACGACGCGGCCCUUUACAUGUCGCUGUAUUUUUUCAUCCAGAAGUUCUCUGCCGCGAUCGGCGUUGGAAUUGCGUUGCCGCUAGCCGCCUGGCUGGGUUUUGAUGCGCAGUUGGGUGCACAGUCUGAAUCACUGGCGGACUGA